AUGGCUAAGAGCCGAUCGUUGUUCAACUUUAGAGAGGAGGGGCUUGGAGACCCGCUUGGUGAAUUUAGCAAUCUAUCUUCUUUCAAUUUGCUCGAAUUCGUUCAUAACGACAACACACCACUGGAUAGCCCUGAUCCUUCUCGUAACGUGAAUCAUUCGAAUAACGACAGAAACGUGCAAGGAGUUGGAAAUAAUUCACAGCAUAAUUCACACGCUAUGUUUCAGAAUGCAACCCGUUUACCGGAAUCACCGCCGAUAACUGAUAUUUCCGGUGCUGGAUCGUCGGGUUCUCCAGAAAGCAAUUCGGAUGCCCCGUAUUCUCCAGAAAAUUAUCCAAACUACGUCGGAAUCCAUGGAAAUCUGAACAACAACGGUCUUAUUCUUGGAGUACCGGGGAUGAUGGCGCACGAGCUUCAUCAGCCGUCUCAUGGCCCUGUUGCUCAUACGAUAACAUCGCCUCAAAACGCCUGUUUCAUGAGUCCGUAUCCACCCAGUCAACCGACUCCAGGCAGUCUGCCACAGGUAUCGCCACCUGUUUCAAAUAGUUGUCAUGAUAACCAACAAUACAUUGUGAAUAAUGGAUACAGUGCUGGACUCUUCAACAUUCUUAAUGUGUCCAGCGAGGCUAGUGUCAAUAGCCAAGCAGGUGAUGUGCCAAGAAAACGCCCACGACCCGAAAAUCAACUGCUGGAUCCACCAAAGUUCUUGCCCACAUUUUCUAGUGUCGGUCAAGCACCUGUACCUGCCAGUCCUAUUGAUUGCUCAUAUCAGGACGAAAACUUCUCGCAGCAGGUGAUCAAGUUUUCGACGUUCCAAGAAGAACUAUGGAAUCCACUCUAUGAUAUCAACCACCAACAACUCACUAAACUGAAGAUAUGCGUCGUCGCCGACAAAGGAUUCAAUUAUUCGAAUUCGGAUGGUUGUUUCGUGAAUCAGAAGAAGAACCACUUUCAAAUUUCGGUGAACAUCGAAGCGAAAGAUGAAAAUCCGCCGAAGUUCGUAAAAGUAAACGGUGUGAUGCAUCCCAUCAAAGCGAUCAAAUUGGCAUUCUGUGGCGUGAAGGCAGAAAUGCUGUCAUCUGAAAUUCAGAUUAAGCAGUCGCAAACCGAUCGGAAACCAAUACCUCAUGAUCCAGUAAUCUUAAACAUUCACGCUCGUGAAAUCACUAAAGUGACCGUUCCACGACUACACUUUUCGGAAACCACGCUUAAUAACCAAAGAAAGAACAACCGACCCAACCCAGACCAGAAGUAUUUCCUACUUGUUGUGCGCCUGCUUGCCUGCACCGAUGAAGGCGUUGCACUCAUUCAAGCACAGCAAUCCGAGAAAGUCAUUGUUCGAGCAACGAAUCCUGGAUCGUUCGAGCCACCCGAAAGUGAUGUACAGUGGUAUCGUAACGGAGGUACAUUGGUCUGUCACGGGCCGGUUGCUAUUGGUACCGAUCGCACCGCAGCUAAGCUCACUGUUGAUGGUGAUAUUUACAUUACUGGACAAGUCACACGUCCAUCAGAUAUUCGCCUCAAGGAGGAUAUUGUUGAGAAGACAUCUCGUGAUGCUUUAGAGCAUCUGCAACAGCUUCGGAUUGUUGACUUCCGUUAUAAGCCUGAAGUGGCUGACCUUUGGGGAUUGACUGAAGAGCAACGGCGACGAACUGGUCUCAUCGCACAAGAAUUACAAGCUGUAUUACCUGAUGCUGUGCGAGAUAUUGGUACCCAUUUAACUAUUGACGAAUCACGUAUCUUCUAUGAGACCGUGUUAGCUAUGCAGGAGUUGUGCAGGCUAACUGGAGAUCUCGACACGAAGAUCGAUGAUAAGGUUGAGGAAAUUAGCCAACGUCUUGCACGCUAUGCUAGAAGAAAGAAGCUUAUCGGUUCGAUUGCUUCGAAUCUCAGUGAACAGUCAUCAGGCAUCGUUAGUGACAAUAAAAGUUGUUUGUCCUAUUCGAGAACUUCACUCGCAUCCACAGCUCCGUCGAUUACAAAGGAGAGUCAUGAACGACGCAAGGCUCGCACGUGCCGUUCUCACUGUCAUAGACCAGAACCUACUUGCCAUUCGAAGUUAACGCAAGGCACCAUAAUCGCGUUAGUGGCGGUGAUGGCUGUUUGUCUUAUCGCUAUGUCCGCUCUCUAUGUUCUUGACUGGCACAAUCGUAACUACGGUUAUCAUCAUCUCUAUCCACCAAACGUCACUCCACCCGCGAAAUCCGGCUAUUCUACAGAAGGUGUCGGGCAUAUGAUAUACCAAAUCGUGGGUUUAGACCAUCCGUAUCUACCCAUGUUGCAACCAGAUGCACCUCCGCUUAUGCCGAAAUGUCGCUCGAGUUAUUGCUACAUGUAUUGUUGUGCAGAUCGUGCCAAAUAUCAUACUGGUACAAGAGUGACCGAGAUGGACACGAUCGUUACACUAGGUGGACAAACAAAGAAUAUGGUGGCGAGAAGUGCACCGAAUAGUUCAGCAGGAAAACCGCUUGGAACGGGUGUACAAAUCACCAUACCCAGUCUAAAUGUUACAAUAGACAAUCGUUAUUGUAUCGAGCAGAGCUGUAAUAAGAAACGUGGCCGCUUCAACAUGUACAUUCCGGUAUCACCGUAUUUGCCAACGCUUCCCAUUGAAAUCGUAUUCUUAGUGCCAGAUGGUAAACUCAUCAACAACUGUGGGUAUUUGGCCGAUUUUCAGCACAAACAUUGUGCCUUUGAUAAUGAGAAUUUCAAAGCGGAGCGUCUGAGAAAUCCGAUGGCAAAUCAGGUCACUGAUGACACGUUUGAACUCUCUGUGGGCAGUUAUCUUCAGUCGGCUUAUCGCUUCCGUAUUGGAUUCACAACGGAGUCAUGCUUUUCUAGUGAGGAUCAUCUUCACGGAGGUUUUGAAGAGUACAAUCUAAUUUUUUAUCGUACAUGUGCACCUCCGGCCACUGCCACUGAUGCGCCUCCUGUAUGA